AUGGGUAACAACAACACAAGAGAAUCUCGCCCCGACCGUCCCGAGGGCCACAACGAUGGCCGGGACCGGCGCUUCGACUCGCAUAUUGCCCGCGGCAUUUUGGCAGAUCCGCGCUUCCAGAUGGGCAGGACGGAGCGCAGCUUUCUGAGUAUGGGCAGUUCUGCCUCUAGAAGCAGGGAGAAUGCGGAUGCUCCGUUUGAGCAUCGUGAGACCAAGCAGGAACGCGAAGCUCGGAGGCUGGAGCGGGAGCGAAUUCAGCGAGCCCAGGACCGCGAGCGAAGCAUACGGGAAGAGCACGUUGAUGGAGGCUACCUCGUCACCAUGGGCGUCUACGUCGGGACUGAGGACUUCAACAAGGCGGUUGUUCGACAGCUGCAGAUCGAGCGAAAGCUGGCCCCCUUCUGGCGUGGCCUCCAGGACUGGUCCCCCAGCUGGGCCGAGCAUCAGCUUAUCGCGGCCGCUCGUGGCCUGCCCAUCCCGGCGGCCGAUGCUCCUCCAGAUCCCGCUCUGCUGCCCCGGCCGCCGCCGCCCGACUCUCUCCCUACGCAGAAUCUCAAUAGCCUGACGGUGGAGAUGGGACCUAGGACUCUCUCGACUGCCUCCGAUCGUAGCGGAUCAGGCAGUGGCUCCGCUCUGCCAUCGCCAUCCACGGCCGGGCCUUCCAAGGGCUCCAUCAAGCCCAGGGCGAGGGCGUUGGCGGCUGCCUUGAGUGUGGGCUCCCGCAAUGCGUCCUCGACCGACUUGACGCCCAGGGAGAUCAAUCUCCCCCACGACCCAUUCGUCAACGGCCAGCCGCUCGAGGUGUAUCUGUACAAGGACGCCACCGAAUGCCCCAUCUGUUUUUUGACCUAUCCCCCGUACCUCAACCACACCAGGUGCUGUGACCAGCCGAUAUGCAGUGAAUGCUUUGUGCAGAUCAAGCGAGCCGACCCCCAUCUUCCUGAGCACCACCCCGACGGCCAGGCACGAGAUCCGAAUCAAGGUCUCACGGCCGAGGACCCCCCGGAGAUGCUUAUAUCGGAACCUUCCGCAUGCCCGUACUGCCAACAACCCGAGUUUGGCGUCACGUACGAGCCACCACCUUUUCGACGCGGAUUGGCCUUUGCUGCUUCUAACCUGGCUUCAAACACCGCCAUGUCUUCUCAGAGCUCUCUCAACUCUACCUUGACGCCGGCGCCCGCGACAACGGGGCGGAGACGAGCACAUAGUUUGUCGGUCAACGCACCCAAUGUCAUCACCACGGACCGCAUCCGGCCGGACUGGGCGACCAAGCUGGCCACAGCGCGCGCUCACCAAGCACGACGUGCCGCCGCGGCGACUGCCCUCCACACUGCCGCCUUUUUGAUUGGGGGCAACGAGUCUCGGUCUAGGAUACGCACGAGUAGGUUCGGCAGAAGGAAUGCCGGGACGAACAGCGGCGGCACCAACACCCCUGGCGGAGGACACAGCGGCGGGGCAACCGAUACGGCGGAGGGCCAUGAGCCCAACGAGGCGCGUUCGGGCCGGAACCCAGACGUCGGCCGUCGAACUCGAAUGGACGAACUUGAGGAUAUGAUGUUCAUGGAAGCGGUACGGCUGUCACUCGCGGCUGAGGAGGAGCGAAAGCGCAAGGUGGAGAAGAACCUCCAGAAGGAAGCCAAGAAGCGCGAAAAGGAGCGCGAAAAGGCGGAGCGCAAAGCGCUCAAGAAGCAAGGCAAAGAUCCCUAUGGGGGCGGCGUCAGCGGAGCCAGCGGAAGUAGUCUCUCCUUGGGCCUGGGCCGCAAGCGAGGCAAUAGCGCAGCCAGCAACCUGCGACUGGAGCUGACGUUGCCGGGGAGCUCGUCAUCAUCAUCCAAGCUGGUGGAUGCCCCAGAGCACAAGGCUGACGGUAGCAGAGCAGAGGGGAGCAAGGCAGAGAGCAGCGGCGACAAGGGCAAAGGAGUCGAUCGCGGGCCCCAGCCAGGUGCAUCAGAGACGUCCUCGACGGGGUCGCUGCCCAUUGCUGCCUCGAGCAGCCGAGGAGGCUCUCACCUGCGGCAUAUGAGCAACGCAUCGUCCCUUGGCUCGUCGGGGGCGGACAGUCCAUCAGGCAGCCUUCGCGGGCAGGGGGCUGGCGACUCGGACGCGGCGGCCAAGCGACAGAGCAUGGGUGGCCGCAGUGAAAGCGGCGACGGCGAGACGGAGAGCGAGCCCAUGUUCAACUUUCGCAGCCUGGCCGAGAUUGUCGGCGUCAACCUGGAUGAUGGCUCUUCCAUGCAGCAAGGAGACGUGGGUGAUGGCUCAGUCCGGCCGCUUUCUCAGGUGCCGGAGGAGGAGAAGGAGGAAGAGACGAGCGCUGAGCACGUAGAGAGGACUCUCAGGACGGUGCUGCCCCCCUUUCUCGACACGCCCGAGCUGACGAUUACCCCCGAGACGCCAACUGUGGAAGAUGGCGGGGCUGAGGAUAAGCGACUCGGAGAAUCUCACGUGUUGGCGCACGAAACCACUCAGGCCACGCAUUGA